CCACAGUCCACAGUCCACAGUCCACCACCGUAGGCAGUAGAGUAGUUACUAGAGCAUGAUUACCUUAUGUACCUGCUCUGUUCGAACUUCACAGGCACCAAACAACGGGCCCUGAAAGUUGAGUGAGGAGGGUUAACGCGUGCAGCCGGCCGGCGAGAUGUCCGGCAGCAGUCUGGUACUGCACUAGUAUCAUGCUCUAGCAGUCCCCGCUCCUAAAAAAAUGUAGCGUUGAAACCGUUGACUACCGUUAGCACCUACUGCGCACGCUAGGUACACGCCGGUAUCGUCAAAACCUCCAAGCCUUCAAGGCCCCAGCGAUCCCUCCCAGGGCCCAGGCUUGAUCUUUAACCACGGAUGGCAGGAACCACGGAACGCCGUGGGUACAUACUCUAGUCAGGGUUGCCGACAUGUGACAUGUCAAAGUUGCUUUCGGUCGGUCGGUCUUAUCUGCCGCCGCCGCCGGCCGGCCAGUCAGGCCAGUCGGGUCAAUCAGGUCAAUCAGGUCAGCGGUGGGCUUCUGUCUGGGUUCUGGAAUUCCCUGCCUACUCUGGAGUCUGGCAUUGCAGAGUUACGGCUCAUCCGAAGUUCGAACGACAAACAUCGCACAGUGCACGCCCACUAGAUACAUACGGCAUAUACCCACCAUACGGUACCCCUCAGGAGGAUGCACUGCAAUCCGUCACGCCAGCAGCCAGCGGCCAGCGGCCAGUGGCCAGCCUCCAGCAGCCAGCCUCCAGCCUCCCUGGUGGCAGGUCGGAUCCGAUCGAGCACCGUCGGGUCGAGUCGAGUCGAGCGUGCUUGUAUAUGCAGAUAUGUAUUUCGCCGAUUCAGCGCGGCGAGGUGGAAAAGAACGCAGCCACCCUGACCCUCGCGCUCACGCGUUUCGCCCCCCGAUCCCGGACUAUUGUCCGCUCAUAUGUACUCUACUCUGUCGGCACAUGGAUACUGCCCAGGGUACGUAUGGACGUGCAGUGGGGGAUCGUCCAACGGUCCAACGGCCGUGAGCGUGAGCACAGUCGGUCGUCGUCGGAAUAGACAAGCGCUACUAAUCAAGUACUCCAUACUAGUUAGUUAGUUAGGACCUACUAUCGACAAAUUAAACACCGAUGCCCG